UUUGAGUUUGGCGUUUGGUCACCCUCAACGCAUAAUAUGAAUUUUUCAAGGUCGUUCGAUGGCUUUACCUGAGAUCGUAUACAUUGAUGUUUCGGAAAGUGGCUGUGACUUGAGAACAUUGCUUGACAACUUGCUUAAAAUAUGUGAUUCGAAGUAUGAGCUCAAAAUCGAUUGCAAAUACUACUCAGCUGAUAUAAUUAUUCGAUCCGUAGACAAAUUAUGUGCUCUUAACAAGUCACCAGAGUUUCUCAAUGUUCACGGGGUUAUCAUUUGUUUUUCUGGGGAUAAGGUGUCUAGUUGGAAUGAUGCUCUUAAACUGAUGGGCUUGGCUAUUAGUCAUGACGUAUCCAUACGGAUGCUAGUGUGUCAUACUGUUAAUCCGUCUAUUUUGUUUCCUUCUGAGCCAGAUGCUUUUUCGGUUAUGACACGCAUUAUUCUGGAUCAUGAGUUUGAGCUAGUUGAAAUUUCGCCAAAUGAGGAUACUAUUGAAGAAGGCGAAGAAUUUGGAGUAAAACGAAUAAUAUCUAUAUUGGAAACACAUAUCUGGCCAAAUAUGAAGCCUAAAGAUCAAAAUAAUCGAAACCAUUCGAAAUCAAUUACUAAUAAUAAAUCUUUAAAUAAUGAAAAUCAUUUAAAUUUAGUAAAUAAUUUAUCGAAUAAUAUAAAUAAGAUCCAUUUAAAUAAUAAUAAUAAUAAUAAUGAAUAUAUCAAUUCAUCAUUAAAUAAUGAAAGUGAAUUUGAAGAAUUAUUCAAACAGUUACCAAUAAUACGUAAUGAGAUAGCUUCAUUAAAUUCUACAGAUAGAUAUAAUAUGGCUGAAAAAAUAACAUGUAAAAUUUGGAGAGCUAUUGGUGGUUCCGAGGAAGAGAUUUCUGGUCUACAACAUUCAGAUUCUGACUAAUUUUUUAAAAUUUUCUUCUAUGGAAGAAAAAUAAUCGAGAACAAUUCAGUCAAUACUUUUCUCAUGUUCUGUUUUCUUAGAAAAAACAACAUUUUCAGCCAUAUUUGUUACCACAUGUUAUUAUGAAAGUAAUCAAGUAUUGAUUAGAAUUAUGUAGUAUUAAAACUUUUUUUUUGUUCUCGAUAAUUUCUUUUUGUUUAUUUUUCUUUUAACUUACCAAUACUUUAUCAUUUCACUUUGCACUGUUGCAGAUGCAUACACUCUUUGUGUUCUCCCAAAUUCUAAUUUCCUGAUUCCUCCUUGUCUCUUUUUCUCUUCCCAAAUUUACAUUAUAUUCUUUAAAUAACAUCUCGAAACCCUAAUCUUUCCGGUUACUCCUUAUACUCUUACUACCUCUACCACUGGGAUUUGAAUCGACAACUGCAUCUCUGUGCUAAUGUGGUAUGGCAACUCGAACUGAUGUACGUACGUACGAAGUUCUAAGUUGUUACUGACUGACUGACUGGCUUUGAACUUUUAAUGAUGUUAUUUUUCACAAUAUGAAUUUAUUCGUUCUUCUUAUUUUUUUCGGGGUAUUUCUCACUUUUCUAUUCCAUAUUUUUGUAUAUUCGGCUGGAAUUAUGUCAAAUGAUUGCAUAUAUAUAUAUAUAUAUA